CCACUUAACAAAGGAAAAUAUAAAAAUCAAACAAAUAAAUUUUAUUUUCAUAAUAUAUUCAAAUAAUAAAUAAAGGUUUUGUGUGAAAAAUUCAUUGUCAAAAGAUCAACGACAAUUAUAGUUAUCGAAAACAAACAAUAACGCAAACUUUGGUUAGGUUCCUACACAAUCAGUCAGUGCGCGCUAUUAUGUGCACAAUCUCAUAUCAUAAUACAUUUACACGAUAAUGGUAGAGUAAGUAAAAUAUAUGAAAAAACAAGACAUGAAUGAACCGAACCCCGAAUCUAAAGUAUUUCGGCCAUCAGCACGAAUCGCAGCGCAGCGCAGAAAUGAGAAAAGCCUAGCUCUCGGGAGGGGUAACUCGCAGUUCGCAGAGCAACGCAGUCAAUGUCAACAAGAAAAUUGAAAACCCGCAAAGUCGGUGUAAGCGUAGUGUAAGUUUUGGCGUUUUCAAAUUUCAAUGUUGCAUUUUUGGAACUUCGCCGCUCUUCCCCGUUGUCCCUUUCCUGAUUACGAUCACCGGCUAAUCCAUCGCACGUCUCAUUGUGCUUAAUACAUGCACGAACUCGCGAUUAGGCAGUAUACAAACAGAUAACCCCACCAGAAAGAUAGAUUUUGUGAUACACUUUUAUCUCUCCUGUACCUUUCUGUCGCGGUGAUGAUAGCUUCAAUCAGGCCGAGCAGUAGCUGAUAAGAAUCGUGAAUUUCUCUACGAGAGUCUACAUACAAAUCCAGUAGUUGUUAUAGUUAGACAGUAGAAGCUGUAGGAGGUGAGCAGCGAAGAUAGAAGAAAGCUCUAGGAAUGUGGAACUGCGUAGACUUAAUCCUGACGAGUACCCUCCUGUGGCUCUACUUGCAGGCUGCCUGGAUAUUGCUAGUUAACUUUUUAUAUCUGACAGUUCCAUGGUUAAUAUGGGGUGCUAUUAUUAUUCAUCUUUUGAUAAAGUUUGCCGCAAGAAUUCCACCACCCAAUGACAAUAUAGUAAAAAAAGUGCUUGGAGCUGAUCCAUUAAGCUUUGUUCAAAAAGAGGAUGACAUCUUUAAGAUUGGUGAAAAGCAACAGCAGACUAAUGAUGAUCAACAGUACUGUAUGAGGGUUAUAGCUCACAGAGGUGCUGGUUUGGAUUUUCCAGAAAAUAGUAUGUCUGCUUUUCGUAAUAGUCAUGAAAAAGGCUGUGAUGGAAUAGAAUUUGAUUUAGCUCUUACAAAAGACAACAUUCCCAUCAUAUUCCAUGAUGUUACCAUUGAUCGACUGACUGGAUUUAAUGGUACUAUAAAAGACAUGACAUGGGAUGAACUAAAAGACUAUGAUAUUUCAACUAAUCAUCCUCUUAAGCCUAAAUUCGAGCCUAAUGGUGAGAGAAUAGCACUGUUCGAAAAUGUUCUACAGGAAACUCUACAGAAUGGUCAACGAAUGUUUAUUGACAUAAAAGCAAAAGGCAACGAAGUAGUUAAAGUUGUUUUGGAUGCUUUUAAGAAACAUCCAGAGCUAUAUGAGAAAGCAGUUAUAUCCAGUUUUAAUCCAGUUACUAUCUAUAUGAUUAGAAGAAAAGAUCCUAAAAUUGUGGCAGGAGUUGCAUGGAGGCCUCAAUUUUUUUCUACAACUACUUACAAUGGAAUAGAUGGACCAAGAGAACCCCGUUUCAAUAAUUUGUUCAAACAAAUCUUAGCAGGGUUAGCUGAUGUUGUUCAUGAUUGGGCCCUAGAACGAAUCACUUAUUAUGUUCUUGGACUGUCCUUCAUAUUACUUCACAAAGAUGUUAUUAGUCCACAUAUUUGCUGGAAUACUUCUAUGGAAGUACCAACAGGUUCGUCACAAAGUGAGGUCACUCGAUUGUGGAAUAAAAGAGGAAUCCGAGUUUUUGCUUGGACAGUCAAUUUACCAUCUGAGAAAAUACACUUUGCAAGAAAUCUCAAAGUUUCAUAUUUAACUGACACUUUACUUUCAUAAAAAAAUUUGAGCAAUUACAUGAUAUUAAUGCGUACAAAGGAGCUGAUGAACAAUUUUUGUAUGUAUAGUAAAUAUAUUUAAAGAAGCUAUUUAUAUAAUUUAAUAUCUUUUGCAAAACAAUUUACAAAAAUAAGAAAGCAAUUUCAGCACAAUGUAAAUGUGAACCAUCUAUCUACUUUAUACAAGAAAAAUAAUGUUUAUUUCUUUUGCACAAAUGUAAACUGCGAAAUCACAAUUUUUAACUAAUAAAGUGAUAUAUGUACAUAUAUAUACAAAUUUCUACAAUGUAGGAUCUUAAAAAUAUUCUCUUUAUAAUGAAAAUAAAGAUUCAUCUAAUAAUAA